GGGGGGGGCGGCGGUUCCGGGGCCCCGGCAUGGCCCGGGGGCGGGCGCGCCGCCGCCGCCCGGCCCCCUGAAGAGGCGCGGCGGGGCUGGCUGCCGGCCCGGCUCCGCGGGAGAGGGGUCUGGCUCUCCUCCGGGCUCCCGGGCGCCCCGGGGGGGCGGCCAUGUCCGGAGCCAUGAAGUUCAACGGGUACCUGAAGGUGCGGAUCGGGGAGGCGGUGGGCCUGCAGCCCACCCGCUGGUCCCUCCGGCACUCACUCUUCCGCAAGGGCUACCAGCUCCUGGACCCUUAUGUCACCGUCAGCGUGGACCAGGUGCGCGUUGGGCAGACCAGCACCAAGCAGAAGACCAACAAACCCACCUACAACGAGGAGUUCUCUGCCACGGUUACCGACGGCCAACAGAUCGAGCUGUCCGUCUUCCACGACACCCCCAUCGGCUACGAUGACUUUGUGGCCAACUGCACCUUGCACUUCCAGGACCUCUUGCGCUCCGCGGGCCCCAGCGACAGCUUCGAAGGCUGGGUGGAUUUGGAGCCAGAAGGCAAAGUGUUUGUCGUCAUAACUCUUACAGGCAGCUUCACAGAAGGGACCCUCCAGAGAGAUCGAAUUUUUAAGAACCUGACUCGGAAACGCCAGCGGGCGAUGAGAAGGCGAGUGCAUCAGGUGAACGGGCACAAAUUCAUGGCUACCUACCUGCGACAGCCUACGUACUGCUCGCACUGCAGGGAGUUCAUCUGGGGCGUGUUUGGCAAGCAGGGAUACCAGUGCCAAGUGUGCACCUGUGUUGUACACAAGCGCUGCCAUCAUCUCAUUGUUACAGCUUGCACGUGCCAAAACAAUACUAACAAGACUGAUCUCAAGGUGACUGAGCAGAGGUUUGGAAUCAACAUUCCUCAUAAGUUCAGCGUCCACAACUACAAAGUCCCGACUUUCUGUGACCACUGCGGUUCCUUGCUCUGGGGAAUCAUGCGACAAGGUCUACAGUGUAAAAUCUGUAAAAUGAACGUCCACAUCCGAUGCCAAGCAAACGUUGCACCAAACUGUGGGGUGAACUCAGCAGAGCUUGCUAAAACCUUGGCAUGCAUGGGUCUGCAACCAGGAAGCAUUUCCCCAAAUUCGAAACUGGUUUCAAGAUCUACUUUGAGACAUCAGGGAAAAGGCAGCCUGAAAGAUGGCAACAACGUUAGUGAAAGUUCAGUGAGCAAACUUGGGAUCAAAGACUUAACCUUCCUUCGUGUAUUGGGAAAGGGCAGUUUUGGAAAGGUGAUGCUUGCCAAGAUGAAAGAGAGUGGGCAGCUCUAUGCAGUGAAGGUGUUGAAGAAGGACGUCAUUCUCCAAGAUGACGAUGUUGAAUGUACCAUGACUGAGAAACGCAUCCUUUCCUUAGCAAGGAACCACCCAUUCCUCACCAAGCUCUACUGUUGCUUCCAGACUCCUGAUCGCCUGUUCUUUGUGAUGGAGUUCGUAAAUGGCGGGGACUUGAUGUUCCAUAUUCAGAAGUCGCGUCGCUUCGAUGAAGAUCGGGCCCGGUUCUAUGCUGCAGAAAUUAUUUCAGCCCUUAUGUUUCUCCAUGAAAGAGGCAUCAUUUAUCGGGACUUGAAGCUGGACAACGUGCUAUUGGACUACGAGGGUCACUGCAAGCUGGCAGACUUUGGAAUGUGCAAAGAGGGCAUUCACGAUGGCAUUACCACAGCCACCUUCUGUGGUACACCAGACUACAUCGCUCCGGAGAUCCUGCAGGAGAUGCUGUAUGGCCCUGAUGUAGACUGGUGGGCCAUGGGAGUGCUGCUGUAUGAGAUGCUGUGUGGCCACGCGCCCUUCGAGGCAGAGAAUGAGGACGACCUCUUUGAGGCCAUUCUGAACGACGAAGUCGUCUACCCAACGUGGCUCCAGCAGGACGCAGUGGCAAUCCUCAAAGCGGAGUACCAAAGCAGACGCUAUCAUUGGGGACAAUAUGCAUUUGAUACUUGCGGCCUUUUCAUUCUGCAUUAGUGUCGAUGAGUUAUUUGUUGAUGAGUGGGGAGAGACAGGGAAACAGGUAGAUUUCAACACAGCAAGGAAAUUUGUAGCUAUCGAUACAACAUUUAAUUCCUAUAUUUUGGGCCAAGUUCUCUCCUGGUGAUAGUUAGCAAAGUUGCAUCAGUUUACACUACCAGGAGAUUUGGAGCCAGACGUGUCCAUCCCACACGUGAGAUGCUCUGUCUACCUUGGUUUAUUCAGCUAGUCUCUCUUGCUCAGCUCUGUUUGCAAUACAGUUAAUCCUUCUCGUUCCCUCGAGCCUUGACUGGGCAGCAUCGAGCAGCCAUUUCGGCACUAGGGGAAAGUGAGAUCAAAUUUAUCUGCUUAAUAUCCACUGCACUGACAUUUUGUCCUUCUUGCCUGUGGCUGGUGCAUUAAACAUGUGACUGCUGUCAUGCUUAGUGUUACAGUCUUCUGGCUUUUUAGGAGCAGGGCUGAAGACUGGUUUUUAUCUCGUUUUCCAUUCCUUUUUUCUCUGGAAAAGGAAAUAACCAAGAUCCCACACUCACUCUGUUCCUUUUUUUGUUUCUUAAAAUGCUUUCAGGGUAGUCUUGUACGUCUGAGCCCUGGCACUGCACUCGCAGGGCUCACUGGAUUUCACCUGCUCACAGUUUUCUGCAGCCAGGAUCCCAGCGUGGGGGUAGAAGCACCCUGUGCAUGCAUGGGUCGUAUUCUGGCUCAGCACCACGAUGAAUUGCACCGGUACCUAUCAGGGCUUUUAGCAGUCAAUCCUGCUGUGUUUAGGUAGGAAGCCGAAAUGCCACGUGGCCUCUAAUGGCUGCAGUCAAAGCAAAUCCCCAGGGUAAAAUAGAGGUAGCGCUGGAGAGAGCUGCAAUGACUCCCAGUCCUAUUCUCAGCAGCACGAUCCUCACUGAAGGUCAGUAGGACUCGGGCUCCCAAGCGCCUGGCUCGCACCCACAGCCGAAUCGCUGCAGUUUAAGUUACCAAGCACCAGCUCCCAGGGCCGUGGAGCUUCAGCUGAAAUCAGGCUCCCUCAUAACCCGCUUGUGCGGCUCCGCCCUGGAUUGCUCUUGUACGGGGAAGCGAGGCAUGCUUGCAAGCAUCGACCCAGCAGGACCGUGAUGGAGGGUGAUGGAAGCCUUGCCCGAGAGAGCAAAAGACAAGACUGGCUCAAAAACCAGCUUUUUGCUUAAAAAAAAAAAAGAAAGAAAAAAAAAAAGGUGUCUCUGCUAUGCUAAUGCCUUCUGGCUUUCAGUUGUUAAAAAUAAUACAGACAUUAACAGACAGAGCCAUAGAGCCAUCUUUCGUCUCCUUUGUUUGGGGGUGGAUGAAGGCUAAUGAAACCCCAAACUGCGGAUUUGUUUGUCUUGCAUAAUAGGUGGCCAAACUGUUUUCGGCAACUGCAGUAUUCAGUCCAGAGAUUCAUGGAGGGAAGCCUUAAUUAGAGUAAUUGCUCUAUUUAUAUAACGAUUCCCUUUUGUCUGAGAUCAAAUAGAUCUUUGAGAAAUCUUAUUUCCUUUUGAGUUAAUUUCUGCCCUGUUAGUUUAGCUCAUGAAUCUUAAUGAAGACGAGCAUAAUGGGUAUCUCCCGAUCUCCCCGCUCUCCCUCAUUACUAGAGGGGAGACUGUGGGGCGUUAAUCUCCUGUGCUGCUGCUGCUUUUUGCUUUGGUAGCAACAUGGGAGAAACACCAACAGGCAGAAAACGUUAAUACCAUGAACAAGGAAAUUUUGCUUUCCUGUAACGGUUUGGGCUUGACUAUUGCAUUGACACAAUCCUGAAGGGCCCUCUGAGACACGUGGUGUGACGGAGAGGAGGUGAGAGGGAGGGUCUGCCAUCGUAUCUGUGACAGGCUGCCCUUGGGCUCCUGGCAAAAUAAAGUGAUGAAUUUCUCCAGGUCUCUGUUCCCUGCCUGUAAGAUGGAGGAGAGCCUCCAUCUCUGCCAUGCGCUUGCAUUUGAAAGAUGAGCUGCUCAGGGGCACGGGCUUUCUCUUACAAGGUAAAUGUGCCCUGCCCAGGGCAACAGAGUCCUGAUGGGAGCUGGUGUGUCCAAGACUUUCUUUAAUACGAGAAAUAAUGAUUUCUUCCUUGUCCAGAUGGCUGUCAAAGUGAAGGGAAUGGCUGUGCAGAAAGUUGUAUUCCCCUUCCUGAAGGGGACUUCUGUGAAGGGGUCUGGGCUUGUGAGUGUUUUCCUAGAGUGUGAUACAAUUUCACGUAAUCUAGUCACUAUGAUAUUACUCAUGAAAUUAAUUAUCCUGAUGCAAAUAGCGCAUACAUGAGUUACAUGAAAAACCUAUCAGGGAUUCCAGUAUUGAGAAAGGAAGUUUGUAAAUUCAAGGAAAUUAAUGCUUGGUUGUUUUGUGCAAACAACCCUUCACCGAUUUCCAGAUCAUUAGACUAAUUCGCAAGCUCAGCCUCUUGAGACAGAAGUUGCAAUGCUAUACGUGAGCAGCACUGGAGAAGCCAGGCUGGGAGACCUAGAGCCCUUCCCAGCACGGUCCGAGCCGUGUAGUGGGUGAAGGGGAGGACCGGCAUGGGUCCCCUGCGCUCUCUCACCUGCUCGCGGGCUGAGCUCCCAAGGCUGACGCAGAUUUUUCCCAGUGCUUGGCACUGCUACGUCUGCAUUUUUUUUGUGUAACUUCACGGGCCCUCUGUGGAUUAAUCUCCAGCUUUUAAUUUCUUGUCAUGGCUUGCUGCAUUUUCUUUCAGUAAAUGUUUUCAAAUGAUGUCGUGAAGUCAUGUUUUUGGCUCAUUCCAGCCGCUGGUUUUGGCUGCGAUGCUGCUGAGGGGGUUAGCUGAGGUCAGUGAGAGCCUCGCUUGACUUUGCUGCUUGGCAAACUGGUGUAGCCCAAAGAGACUCAGUCUGUGGAUGCUCCCGAGGGGCUUUUUACACUGGGAGUGGGAUAAUUCCCCAUGGUUGGAUGUGAUCACAGAGCGAUGGCUUGAUAGCUUGGCUCAAAUUUAAGAUUGAUAGCCUUGCUAUUGGUUUUGCUGGGAGGCAUCUUGAAUUUGAGUGAUUACAUGAUUCUUUUUGCUCAGGAACAUCUCUGGUUUGCCUUGUUGUUACUGUUGAAUUCUUUUGCUCUGUGUUUCUUCACUGAGCUCUGUGUGCCAGAGGUUGAGAUUCAUGCUGGAUUCUGGAUUAUCAUGCAAAAUUAGAGAUACUCAAUAAACACUAGGA